CCUGCAUGUAUUUGCAUCGCUGCCCAAAUUCCGGUGAAGAAAUAAAUGGACUUGUAAACUAAUUGAUGCGGUUUUUGCACCAGUUUGCCUUGCCUGUCGGAUCUGAAGCCUUCCUGGAUACUAUUUCGUUCUUCUGCAACUUCAGACGUAUAUGUUUCAGCUUCAGCUCGGUGGGAGGUCAUCUUGGGUUGAAGUACAUUCAAUGUGUCAUCUGCUGAGAGAGUCUGUGUAACCUGAGGACAACACCACACAGCUUGGUUUACUCGCCUCAAGCCAAUGAGACCUAUUCAAACCCUCAGUGCUUUGGUUCUCUUCGUCACCUUAUUUCUGAUCUUCUUCUACUCGACUCUACACCUAGAGACAACCGACAGUCUCAGUGCAAGAGCAGAGGACCUCCUGAAGGAGCCCAGCCUCCUGAAGGAGCCCAGCCUCCUGAAGGAGCCCAGCCUCUUGAAGGAGCCCAGCCUCUUGAAGGAGCCCAGCCUCUUGAAGGAGCCCAGCCUCUUGAAGGAGCCCAGCCUCUUGAAGGAGCCCAGCCUCUUGAAGGAGCCCAGCCUCCUGAAGGAGCCCAGCCUCCAGGUCCACGACAGAGUUGUGAAAACACAACCGUCCAAACAGGAGAGAUUCACCUUUCCUCCCCCUGUUGUCCUCAAUGUGUCUGACGGCCUCAGACAGGCCAUCCCUCAAAAUGAAGCCUACUGGAACCGCCUGCUGUACUCGGCCCUCAAGAAUCAGGACAAGGGAGAAAAUCCUUUCAGACAUGACUCAGAUUGGUCUCUCUGCAGGCAGACGAAUCAAGAUAAUCUGCAAACCAAUGUGCACGACUUCUCCUCCUACCCGGUCUUAUUUCAGGACUUUUUGCAGGGCAUGAACUGCAGGUCCCCUCCAGUCCUGCUCAAUCAACCCAACAAGUGUAUCUCUGCUGAAGGGAAGGAAGACAACCAGACCUUUCUGCUUUUUACUAUCAAGUCAAGUCCUAGAAACUUUGAGCAGAGACAGGCGGUGCGGGAGACCUGGGGUCGAGAAGUGGUGUAUCAAGAUGGACUGAGGGUGCACACUGUGUUUCUGCUGGGUAGCUCCCCACUGGAGGACCCUGAUCUCAGCUCUCUGCUGUCAUUUGAAGCAAGACACUUUGGGGACCUCCUACAAUGGGACUUCCAUGAAUCCCUCUUGAACCUGACGCUCAAAAUGAACAUGUUCCUCCAGUGGACAGUGAAACACUGUCCCAAAGCCUCUUUUGUGUUUAGCGGGGAUGAUGACGUAUUUGUCAACACACCAACAUUACUCAGCUACCUGCAGUCUCUGGAGCCUUGGAAGGCCUCUCAGUUGUAUGUUGGACACGUCAUAAGCAGCGCAAGUCCCCUCAGGGACCCUAAGAACAAAUACUACAUUCCUCUGAGCUUCUAUGAAGGCCCAUACCCUGCUUACGCUGGUGGAGGCGGUUUUAUUAUCUCUGGAGCAUUGCUGCAACGCUUCUAUUCAGCUUCACAUGUCAUUCCUUUCUUCCCCAUCGACGACGUCUACGCUGGGAUGUGUUUUAAGGCUUUGGGGAUUUCUCCUGAGGCAAACGCAGAAUUUCAGACUUUUGACAUCGUGGAGAAGAAUCGUGAGAAUCUGUGUGUAAAUAAAAAGCUUAUUCUGAUUCACCGGCGCUCCCCACAGCAAAUUAAGAAGUUGUGGAAGGGCAUUCACAACCCCGUGUUGACUUGUUGAACAGGACUGGUGACCAAAAGAUGCAGCGAUCAAAAAAAGAGGAAACAUUGACUCCAGCGACAUAGUAUGAACUAAAAGAGCAGUUCUGUUACUGCACUUCUAUUUAAAAGUUAUACUGCGUUUCAUCAUAGGAUAGAACCUUGAAAAAUGGAGGAAGCAUUCAGCAGUUUAAGUGUGAAUUUCAGCAUCAGGGGUCAAGAUUGUUCACUAAGUCAAAUGGAACAAACUUUCGAUCUGUCAUUGGCCUAACUUCCUUUUUGAAUUUGAAUAAAAACUAAUUCAACCAAGACCUUUGAAAGUUCCACCGUUUAUUUUCCACAAAACACCAAAGAUGUAACAUAAGUGUACACCCAUCUAAAAUUUGGGCGUGUAUACCAAAACCAUUUAAAUAGGAAAGUUCUACAACACGUUAUUCUGUCACAUAUACAAGGAAACCUGUUAAAUACCAUAAUCACUGGAGGACAGAUGCAGGAAGAGGGAACAUACACAAGGGCCAACUUCCAUCCUUUAUUGCUCGAUUUGUAUGUUUCUC